AAGUACAAGGCAGAGACGUUUCUAUCGUCAAUGUGUUUUUGUACUUUUAGUUCCGUUCUGCGUUUACAACAGAGAACAACUUCAUUACGGAGAGUAAAAUUAAUACAAGCAUUCUAUACCAUGGCUUCUCCAAACGCUGCCAAAUUUGUGAAAGAAGAGGAAGUUGCAAGAGGAAAGUGGCUUUCCUUGAAUAAUAUCACCUACACAGAUCCUACAGGAAGAGAAAGACAGUGGGAGUGUGUGAAGCGGACAACGCGACAAACAGAUUCAGCCGAUGCUGUUGGUAUCAUCGCAAUCCUGAAGCGGAUGCUGAAGUUUGACUGUAUCGUGCUGGUCCUCCAAUAUCGACCGCCGAUGAAAUGCUGCACCGUGGAAUUUCCUGCUGGCCUAGUGGAUGCUGGUGAAUCUCCUGAAACCGCGGCCGUCCGAGAGCUUUACGAAGAAACAGGGUACACAGCCUCAGUCAAACAUGUCACCCCAGCUCUGUGUUUUGACCCUGGCCUUGGGAACACAACAGUACAGCUAGUCACAGUGGAGAUUGAUGGCAAUGAUGAGAAAAAUCAAAACCCACAGCAGAAGACUGAGUUUAUAGAAGUGGUAUUAAUUCCUGUGGACGACCUCCUACAACGACUGGAUGAUUAUGCAAAGUCGGGAUACAGUGUUGAUUCACGGGUGUAUUCAUACGCGUUAGGACUACAACCUAAGACUUCUUGAUUAAAACUGUAUAGAUCUCAUAAGAUUGCAUUAUGUUAUUAUCUUUUGUACAUAGUCUCUAUAAUAAUACAUGUAAUAUGCAUUAUGAUUUUACUAAUGUUCUUCAUUCAUACACAACAACUUUACAUAACUAGACCAAUAAAUUCAAUUUUAUUUUUAUACAUGUGUCGCACACAUUUUAAUUUAACAGGCCACGAACGUAUCCAUUCAUCCAGAAAUUACUCCUGGUCCCGUUUUCUGCAAGAGAAAUUAACAGACACAUGUACAUGUAAUAGUAAAUGGUACAUGUAACACACUACGACCAACGCGGAUCCCGUAUUUUCAUAAAAGAUUGCAAUAUGUUAUUAUCUUUUGUACCAAAUCUUUAUAAAAUAAUCAUUAUGAUGAUACCCAUGUCCUUCACCUAUACACAACAACUUUACAUAACUAGACCAAUAAAUUCAUUUUUAUCUUUAAUUUUACAUGUAUGCCAUCUUUCUUUUGUUAAAAAAUGUGUAUAAAACAAAACUUUUUUUUAAAAACCCUUAAUGGUUAGUAAAUCUUGAAAAGUGUAUACUUAAUAGCAUCGGGGAAAGUUUAGGUUUACGAAUUGUUAAGUUGACAUGUUAUAUAGCCCAUGCAAUGUAUUGCCCUGUUCUGUUCGUUUAUAUGUUUGGAAUCCGUAUCAUAUUUACAUGUACGUGAAUACUGAUGGGCUGUAACGUGAAUAAAGAAUGAAUGGUAUGUA